AUGGAAAUAAAUUUCAGAUUUAUAUCAUUACCGCCCGAGAUACGUCAGGAAAUAUUUAAAAACCUCAAUCAAGGAUCCCUCUACAAUUGCUUACGGACUAAUCGACAAUUAUGUCGCGAAAUAGUACCAAUUCUUUGGGCAGAACCAUUCCGAAUAACACCCAAAAUCACACGCAGAAUCUAUUUUAACUCAACAGUCAAUUACGAACAAUCGCAAAAAAUCAUAAGCAUAUAUUUAGGAUGUUUCACGAGAGAAACCUGGAGUCUACUUCGAGCAAACGGAAUCAGCCGUCCAAGAACUACUCGAUCGCCAAUUUUUGACUAUGCAACAUUUAUCACUCAUCUUGAUCCAAUCUCAAUAUGUAAUGCGGCUGGUGCAUGGCUUAAGCAAAAAAAAUAUCCAACAGUAAAACAAUGUAAUAAACGUAAGGUAUUGACGCGAGCUUUAUGCCAACUUUUUUUAGACAAAUCAAGGUCGUUAAGGUCUUUUUGUCAUAACUUGUAUUUGGAUAUCGAAUUUUGGUGCCCGAAUCCCCUCGAAUUUCCAAAUACUUUAGCAUUUAAGAGUCUCAAAGAUAUACACAUAUUCGGAAUCCACAAGCAUAAAGAUCUAUUGGGUUUUUUUCUGAAGUUGGCUGGAAUUUGUCAUUCCUUGCGCGGAAUCGCACUCGAAAGCGAUUGGUUUUUUGAAAAUCCUAAUGCUAAUAGCAUAGAAGCAACAAACACAGCUGAGGGACUUAAAUAUUUUCUUAUGAUGCAAAAGGAUUUACAAUGGCUUAAAAUAAUUAAUUUACCUUAUGUCACUAUUAAAGCUAUAAAUAAGUCUCUAUCUUUGAAAUCAAUACGAUCCAUCAAAUUCGAAUCAAUCGAUUUUAGUGUAUUUAAAAAUGAGAAUUUAAUUACCUCGUUAACGUCUUGUGAAAAUCUUCAGUGUCUGGAUCUCCAUAGUUGCCGGGGAUUGGAGCAAAAAACUUGCAUCGAGACUGCUGAACAUUUCACCAGAUUGGAAUAUUUCGCUUUUUUCUUUAAAUCAUCAUAUUAUGAACCUAUUCCAUCCGAGUUCAUAAAGCAGGUUGUUGAAGCCAGCAGCAAUAGUCUCCGAUAUCUCCGACUCGAAAAUGCAAUUCCUGGUAUAAUCGACUCUUGUAAAAAACGGGAAAUAAUUGAUACAGUUCUUUCGAACUCGUAUAAUCUUAAAUCAAUCAGUAUUUUCGAAUUAGACAUAGAGGAAGCAAUACCUUUAUUAGAACGCUUCGAGAAUCUUGUACAUCUGGAUAUUUUUGCUGAAUUGUCGGAGGUAUUCGACAAGUUGAAAGAGAAACUUCCACUUACACUCUAUUCUCUCAGAAUUCACGGUUUUAGCAAAGCAUAUUCGACAGAAAGUUUUGCUCAAUUUUUGAUGGCCUGCAAACAUUUGAAAUAUCUGUCAAUAUAUCCAUUUAACGAUGAUUGCAAAAGGCUGGCAAGUUCCUAUGGCGUAAAGCUAUCGAGCUUCUCGUAUAAUGAAAAAAUUUAUCCUGAUUAUUUCCACAAAUUCUAA